ACGCACGAUCUCAAUAAUGUAAACUAGGCCGUGAUAAAAAAACGACAGGAUUUAGAUUAUGAAGAUUUGACGUUUAUUCGAUGGUAUACAAUGAGCGAAAACUUGGAGAACAUUAACCCAAAGCUCUAUAAGAAAUUAGAUGACCGAGAAAUCACAGUCGAAGAGCAAGACGAGGAUGUCGCGGAUGAAUUUGACGCGCGAGAGAUUUUCGAUAUUAUCAGGAACAUCAAUGAUCCGGAACAUCCUUUAACUUUAGAAGAACUGAAUGUAGUUGAACAGAAUCUCAUUGAAGUUGAUGACGAAAGGAACAGAGUAGAUGUAAAAUUCACACCUACAAUACCACAUUGCAGCAUGGCCACUUUGAUCGGUUUAUCCAUUCGUGUGCAAUUGCUACGUGCCUUACCCUCUAGGUUUAAGGUCAGUGUGGAAAUUUCACCAGGUACUCACAUCUCGGAGGCAGCAGUAAACAAGCAGCUUGCAGACAAAGAACGAGUAGCUGCGGCUUUAGAAAAUUCUAUGCUUCUUGGCGUGAUCAAUCAAUGUUUGGCACCGAAAGAUUAGCAAGUUGUAUAAAUUCCAAGAUUUUCAUGUUCAACCUUCCAACGUUUUUUUUUUAUUGAUUUCUUAGUCUAACUGAG